GAAAUACAGGCGUAGAUGAAUAACAAAGCUCAGUUAAUCAGCGGCUGGAGCCAGAACAGCAGCUGCACGAUGGAGCGCCGCAUCUUUUCCAUUCUGUUCCUCCUCAUAGCUGUGGAAUCAGCUUCUUCAGUGGACAAUGGAUUCUUCAUCUCAGCCCCCACUGUGUUUCAUGUGGGUGUUAAAGAGAAAGUGCUUGUCCAGAUGUCUAAUCUAAAUAGUCCUGUUACUCUCUACCUGGUGCAUGAGAGUACCAACACUCGUAUGUCUGCAGAGGAAACUGUUCAGUGUAGUGAGCAAGAGAGGAUCAAAACAGUUGAGCUCAUGUUGGAUAGGGAAAAGGUGUCAAGAGUGCCUAAAGAAUAUCUUCCCUUACGCUACCUUACGCUGAAGGCAGAGAAUCCCUCGUUCAGUAUUGCGAAGUCAAUAACGGUCUGGGUAUCAAAACGCAGAGGCAAUAUCUUCAUUCAGACCGACCAGCCAAUCUACAACCCAACACAAAGAGUGCAAUACAGGAUAUUCACUCUUGACCACAAAUUCAGGCCUCAUAUGGAUGUGGUCCGGAUAUCAGUAAUUAAUGCUGCUGGAAACAAAGUGAUGAAGUCCCUCAAGACUGCAAAGGGAGGAGUUAUUAGAGACUCAUUUUCCAUACCUGAUGUGGCCAAGAUGGGCACAUGGAAGAUCAAAGCACACUAUGAUGAAGAUGAUGAAGCAAAUGCUGCUUCCCUGGAGUUCAAAGUCAAACAAUUUGUUUUACCAAGUUUUGAGGUGAACCUUAAACCGGAGGAGAGCUAUAUUUUGUUGAAUGCUGAACAAUUUAACUUCACCAUCUCAGCAAGCUAUUCACAUGGUGAGAAAGUCAAAGGGGCUUACCACUGCACGUUUGGAUUGGUACAAAAAAGCAACGUUACAAGGUCUGGUCUAAAUAUGAAGCCUGACGUUAUCAGAGGACUAACCUUGACUGGUUCGGUCAAAGAUGGAACUGCAACAGCUUCUUUCCAGAUACAACACCUCCAAAAUCAGCUGAAGCGAACCCUCUCUGAAAUACAGCAAAGUGGAGCACAACUCUACUUGGGAGUAUUUGUCACCAACAUACAAAGUGGUGAAAUACAAGAGGCAGAAGUCUACCUUCCUAUCAUCUCUCACAAAUACACCAUGGAUUUCUCUCGAACUCGCUCAUAUUUCAUUCCUGGAUAUCCGCUUGAUGUGGUGGCGAUCGUACGUCUGCCGGAUGGCUCCCGAGCAGCUGGUGAGGCAGUAAAAAUUGAAGUGCCGGAAUCUACAGAGAAAUCUUGGCAAGGCACCACUGACCAGGAGGGGACAGUGUUUACUACAUUUAAUAUUCGAGAUAAAGCUCAAAUUACUGUUGAAGGGUCGGUGGGAGACCUUAUGCAGAAGAAAGUGCUUCAUCGUGCUUCAUCUCCAAGUAACAGCUACCUGUACCUGAGUUUAACCAACAGGAUAUAUUCUGUGGGCGAGUCACUAACUGUGAAUUACCACAGCUCCACCAAUGGCCCAGGACAGGGGUUUAUAUACUACAUGGUCUUAAGCCGUGGGAUGGUAGUACAAAAGGGUUCACUCAAAUUUGGUACUCAUGUUAGAGGCAAUCUGCAGAUAACGUCUGAUAUGGUGCCAUCCUUCCGUCUGAUUGGCUACUACCACAACCAGGGUGGUGACAUCAUUGCUGACUCUGUGUGGUUAGAUGUCAGGGAUGAAUGUGAGAUAAAGGUCAAGGUAGAAUAUAAAGGACCAUUUAGUCCUGGAAGCCCGGCCAGGCUAGACUUUGAUUUACAUGGUCAGAAUGCCAAAGUUGCUUUGCUGGCUGUGGAUAAAGCCAUCUACGCUCUCAAUGCUGAUAAUAAACUAAGGGCCAAACAGGUGUUUUCCACUAUGCAGUCACAUGACCUUGGCUGCUCACCCACUGGAGGAGGAGCUGACCCUGCAUCAGUACUCACAGAUGCCGGCCUGUCUUUUAUAUCUCAGUCCAAGGCAGAAUGGAAAAAGAGUCUUCACUGUGAAGAAUCUGUACGACAGAGACGCGCUGUGGACCUUCAACAGGAAAUGAUGACCUUAAAAUCAAACUUUUCAGAAAACUUGCAAGAGUGCUGUGUUAGGGGGUUUUCUCUCAUCCCCAUGACACGAACAUGUCAGGAGAGAGCGAAUAGAGUUUCUCUGGUAGAACCAAAUCCUGACUGUGCAGACGUCUUUUUGCAAUGCUGCCUUGAGGGAGAGCGUCUCAGACAGAAAAAAAUACAAGAGGAUGCCCAGAAUGGACUUGGCAGGACCGAAAUCUCAGAAGAGUUUGAAGAUUUCCUCUUGGAUAGAAGUCAGCACAUUCGACGAAUUUUCACCCCAAGCAUUGCAUUCACAGAAAUUGACAUAAGAGGCAAAGGAAGUUAUACUUUGAAUCUACCUGAAUCUAUCACCACAUGGGAGGUUCAAGUCAUCACUCUAUCUGAGGCCACUGGAUUCUGUGUGGUUAAGCCAUCUGAGGUCAGAGCAUUUAAGAAAGUGUUUGUGUCUCUGAGGCUGCCUUACUCAGUGAGGAAAUUUGAGCAACUAUCUAUUUCUCCUGUUAUCUACAACUAUGGCGAUAAUAGCCUCAAGGUUGCAGUUCAUAUGGAACAAACUGAAGGACUUUGCUCACCUGGUUCAGCCACCAGUAUGGCCUUUGUUAACAUUACUUUAGCGCCGCAGUCUUCCCAGUUUGUCUCCUUCUCUGCUGUCCCCAUGGAAUCUGGCUCCAUACCCAUCAAAAUACGUCUUUAUGACAUGGAGGAAAAGUGGGGAAUAGACGCAAUUGAAAAGCCUUUGAAUGUGAUGACAGAAGGACUAGAGAAGAGAGAGGAAUCAACCAAAGUAUUUAAAUUAGAUGGGAAGAGCAUAAACUCUGUCAUGAUUGAUGGAUUUUUUCCAAACGACACAGUCCCCGACUCCAGCACCAACAUUUUCAUUUCAGUGGAAGGAGACGGAUUUGGCAGUUCACAUGCAAAGAACCUUCUUUCUCCUGAGAAGGUUGCAAAGCUGAUCGUUUUGCCUACGGGAUGUUUAGAACAGACUACAACAAAACUCAUCCCCACAGUGUCAGCUCUCCGCUACCUUGACCUGAGUAACCAAUGGUUUGAACUGCCUCCUGGUAAAAGAGAUGAAGCUCUUGAUAAUCUUGAGAAAGGUUACAUGAGGAUUUUAGAUUUCAAGGAUAAAGUCCAAGGAUAUUAUUCCUCAUUUAGUUCAACACCAUCUAGUAAUUGGGUGACUGCCCUUAUAGUGAAAGUGCUGUCGAUGGUGGCCGAGCGUCAGACAGCGGCUUUUGGGGACCGGGGCAGGAGGGCUUGGGCUGUAGAUUUAGAAGAGAUCCGUCAUCCAGUCAAAUACUUGCUCUUAGUACAGAAUACUGAUGGGUCAUUCAAUGAAAAACAUCCAGGGGGGUCGUACACAUCAGUACUGAAAGGAAAUGACCAAAAAGCAUCCGUUACGGCAUUCAUAACUCUUGCACUGCAUCGGUCCCUUCAGUUCCUGCCAGAUGGAUUGAAAAAUAGUGCAGAAGCCGCCAUCUCUAAAUCAACAGCAUUCCUCCUGUCACACCUGAAUGAGCUUCAGCAUCCCUACGCUGUUGCCAUUACAGCAUACUGCCUUGGACUUUGCCUGCCGAAGGAAACAAAUCAUUCAUCUACCUGGAAAAAACUUGAAGGACAUGCUACUAAAGGGAAGAAUGGCUGUUAUCUGUGGACAACUAAUCCCAGUGAACAGAAUCAAGCCAAUGCAGACGUCAGCACAGUCGAGUUGACAGCCUAUGCCCUCCUAGCUGCAGUGGAACUGGGCCAGAUGAAGUGGGCAGAAGAAACAGUCUGCUGGUUAACCACCCAAGAAAACUAUGAUGGCGGCUUCAAAUCAACACGGGAUACCAUGGUGGCCUUGGAAGCCCUUGCAGAGUAUGAGCUAAGAAGGCCUACCCAUCCUGCAACAAAUCUAAUAGCAGAGUUCACUGUCAAGGGAAGGAAUGAAAUUGUAACACUUCAAUUGGAAAAUAAGAAGGAGAAAGUGGAAACGCACCUUAAGAAAUUUACAGGGAACAACAUCAAUGUGCAGUUGACAGGACAAGGCGAGACCAAGCUAAAAGUUGUAAAGGCUUACUAUCUACUGGCCCCCAAGGACGAUUGUGACAAAGUGUCUAUCAGCGUCACAGUGACGGGGAAAGUGAAGUAUACUGCUAAGGUCAUAGAAAAUUAUGAAUAUUAUGAUGACUACGCUAACGCUAAUGCUAACGAGGAGGUGGUGGAGAAGGAGGUGCGAAUGCCACGUUCCGCGAUUGAGAGGUUUGAUGCUCGAACCCGAAACCGGAGAGAUGCCGAUAACAACUUGAACUCAGAUGGGACUGUCAGCUACACAAUCUGUGUCAGACAUAGUCUGCACAUCAAUCUCACAGGAAUGGCUAUUGCUGACAUCACACUUCUGAGUGGAUUUGAGGCUGACAUUCCAGACCUCGAAAAACUAAAAGAGGAACCUGAACGAUACAUUUCCCACUAUGAGACCUCCUAUGGAAGAGUGGUGCUCUACUUUGAUGGGCUCGUUAACUCGGAGGAAUGUAUUAGUUUUGGUGCGAAACAGUUAGUACCAAUUGGCCUUCUACAGCCGGCUCCAGCUGUGUUCUAUGAUUAUUAUGAACCAAACAUAAAGUGUACUGUGUUCUACUCUGCCCCCCAAAGAAGCAAGAUGGUCUCCACACUGUGCUCAGAGGAUGUGUGCCAAUGUGCAGAAAGACCCUGUCAUAAAAUACAAAAUACAAUCGACAAUAAAAGAACACAAAGAACCGAACAUGCCUGCUUCGCCCCCAUAGUAGACUACGCAUACAUUGUUGAAGUCUUCGAUGUUUCCACAAAGAGUAACUUUGAGCUGUACAGAGUGACUGUAAAGGACGUACUUAGAGCACAUGGAGAUGACCUUGUGGAAGAGAAUUCUGUUCGAGUGUUUGCUAAGAGGUUUCACUGUAAAGGAAAGUUAGACCUGAACACACAGUAUCUCAUCAUGGGCAAAGAUGGCGCCACAACCGACUCAAGUGGAUCAAUGCAGUAUCUGUUGGAGUCAAACACCUGGGUCGAAAAAAAGCCUUCGGAGGAAGAUUGUAAAGCAACUCCUAUGAAAGCUGGCUGUGCACGGUUCAAUGGGUUUACACAUAAGUACAAGCUAAACGGCUGCACGCAGUAAAACAGACACAUCUGUUUCACUUAGAGAUGUUUCUUCCAUAUGUUUUUGGAUUAGACAGGGCCAUCACAUACCCAUUUUAUUAUGUAUAUUUACAACUUACACAUAUUUGUCAGCUUGAUUGUAACUUCCCAAAAAACAAUAUAUAUAUUUUUUAAAAUCUUAAAUGUAAUGUGAAUUUUACCACUUUGAAUUACUUGAUUUGAAACUGCCAAAAAAUCCAAUGAUCAAAAAAUGACAUUUUUUAAAAAAUAACUUUUUUUUAGGAAUACUCUGAAAUAAAUUGGUAAAUGUAUGUGCAAUUGAUUGUGGAUUAACAAAAAUAGGAUAGAACUGAAGCAGGACUGUAGGGAUGAGUGGGACUCUAUGAAUCAGUGUCUUAAUCUGGAGCACUCGGCUGAGAUAAACAUUUUGGUGCUUAAAUUCCUCCAAAGAUCUUGACACGGUUGCUUACAUUUACAUAAGAGUUAUUAGUACAAAGUAAAAUAUCAAUAAAUAUAUAAAAAUGUAAUGCAUAGAAUUGCAGUUGUGGUUCAUUUUAAAUGUAAACAUUUAAACUUUAAAAAAAUGUGUAUUAUCUGUCCAAUCAGUGUGUUUAAUGCUGUGUUGCAUAUUGUAUCCUGCUAAAACUGAAAGUUGUUUGCAUUGCAUCUAACAUCAAGCUGUUCAUGUGGAGGAAAAUAAAGUUUAUGACCUUGUCUCUGUAUAUCUUUGUUACUUACUAGAAUCACAUCCUGAUAAUACUGUGUCAGAAAUCUUACAACUGCUGCAUCAGAACAGAAAAUCCCAUUCAGCAUGCAUUAGUUUGCAUGAAAAGGAAAGUAUGUAAACUGAAAAGUGUAUUUAAGUGUGAGAUUAGAGGCUUUGGUAAAUAUUUUAUUUUUUUAAUGAUUUAAAAACUGAUUUGAAACUGGAGAAAAUGUUAUAGUCUACAAUUAAUCAUUCCUGAAACAGUAAACAGUGCUCACUGUUGACUUUAUUUUCUUGUAAAUCACAUGAUUUGGGAGAAAUCUGGCUGACUUGUAUUGACCAAUGAGGGAAUGGUUACAC